AUGGUGCUCUGCGGAUGCACGCGGUUCGGUUUCGUCCUCCUCGCCACUUUGGUCGCCCUGUCUUGCCUGCGAGCGAGCUUGGCCGCACCAGUACGUCCAAUCCUUCCUGCGUACACGGAAACAGGUCAUCGCGUCGCUUUCUGGAACGGCAAUGCCGGCGGUCCGGAAUCAAGGGAGCCAGGACGAGGUUAUCCGCUCGUCCACGUGCCUUCUGACCUGACUAGUGCUGGCUUGACCUCACGGCCGUUUCGCCUUUUGCGACUCGAAAAUGACCACAUCCUAGCCGCACUGAGGGCAGAGCUCAGCCGCUUCGAUCCCACGCUCGCCACACUUCGUGCUCAUUCGAUCUUCGUCGGACGAGGCACGCGGCUUGAGGCGCGCGCGUUGAACCUGGUCAGCUCCCCGGACACGAAAGUUUCGCAUGUGCUCAACAUCCCUCACGGUCCGGGCGCUCUGCAGGCCUUCCGAGCCGGAGCUUUACGAAAGAUCCAUGUGAUGGUUCCUGUUCCUGUCAACCAGGAGUGGUACAGCAUGCUCCGCAUCCCCUACACACCCGAGUCUCAACAGCAUCCGCCCCUGCUCAUCUACGAGCUCUUCGUGGACAGGCUGCUACCCCGCGACUAUAUCAAGCUCAUUGGCGCUGCGAUCGUGCAGGAGCCGCAGAAUCCUUUCAAUUUCUUGAUCAGGUGGAACUCGAGUCCGGCAGUCACCAGCAUCGCCCGUAUUCAAGAGCACACGCGCUCGUUUUAG